AGGAUGCCAAACGAGCCGGCCAACCACGUGACUAUCGGGCGGGGGUGGCAGGCGACAUUUCGCAUGCUCAGAACUCCACAGGCUGCAGCAUAUCGCACACCGAGCCGAUACGCUUCGCAGGGAAACAAUAGUGUUAAUUGCGUUUGUGAUAUAAAAAAUUCAUCAAAAGAGUCUCAAAAAACGCGUAUUGAGUGGAUGUAACCUCGAAAAAGAUCGACUACUGCUUUUCGUUUCGAUUGCCUCGAAACAUACAUACUAUUCACUGAUUCCAUGGUUUCACCCUUCGCGCGGUAUACGGAUAAAACUGUUUGAGAGAUGUUUUCUCGCGAGAUCAUCGACCAAACUCUUUUAAUUACAUUACGCUAGUAGUUUCUUUCGUGAAGUGAAUUUUUGGAUGGAUUUUUGUUGAUCAAAAAAUUAUUUCGUGUAUUGUUGGGAGCAGUCGAUUGAUAGUGCAUCCGUCGGUUGUCAUGAUGUUCUCGUGGUUGUGGAAAGUGCGAGAAAAGUGAGAGGUUGUGUGCUUAAACCCCAAGUGCAUCACAUAUACGCAUAUAUACAAUAUAAGCAAAAGGAUGACGAUGCUACUAUUAGGAGAAAACCGAAUACAGCUUCCUUGAUCUACGAAUAAUUUGCGGCGAAGCACCCUCGUUCUUGGUCCAGCUUUAACACCGGAUACAAGGCAGAGUGAUAUGUUAACCGAAGACAAUGAUCCAACGAAACCAGCAGGCGUUUUAGAUAAUGCUGGCAACGUGUCAUCGUCGACAGAGGCCUCGGUACAGCAUCCUCGAGCCACAAACAAUGGUAAAUAAAGCUCCUCCAUUCCGGGUCCAUUUAAAAGGCUACCCUUUUAAAGAGACAGAAGUCAAAAACGAGGUGCAAGAUUGUCCUGAAACCGACAGCGUACCCAGCGGAGAAUUGUAUAUCGAUGAGAAUGCAGAGGAAAAGGAGCAAGAAUAUCCGGAUUCUAUGGAAAAGGCAGAUUACAGUUCGUUGUACGGAGCCAAUCAAUAUUAUAACAGUUUAUACAACUCGCCACCCUAUGGGUCAACCACAGCUGGAAAAAACACCUCAAGCUUGCAAAGUUCUUACCUGACCUCGUAUACAACGCCAAGCUCCAUGACUCAAUACUCGUCUUACGCCACGUACAAUAGCGGCACCACAAAUUUUCCUAAUGUGGCUCAAAAUAUAUCACCAUCUUCACAGAAGUUAGAUUACAGCGCUUAUAGUAGCAGUUUAUACGGAAAUGACAGGGUACCAUUACAGUAUUCCGGAUAUUAUCCUAUGCACGGUUACCAUGCAACACCCACCUCGUUUAACAUUGGAAACUUAAAUUUUGCUGAUUCGACAAAAUCUGCACUUACGUUGGACGCAACAACUCACGAUGCCAGCGAUCUUACCGCACGAGAAACCGCAAACAUCGAAGGUAACACGAUUCGAACGACAGCGAAACCUUGCAGACGCGGAAGACGCCAAAGCGGAAGUGGAAAUAGUAUAGGUUCUGCGGACACGACAGAAGCCGGUCCUGACCGGAUAUUCAUUUGGGAUCUGGACGAAACCAUAGUUGUAUUUCACUCUCUACUUACUGGACAAUUUGCAACGAAGCACCGUAAGGAUCCGGCUCUUCUGGCCCAAGUGGCAUAUAGAAUGGAGGAGAUGAUAUUUAAUUUGGCUGAUACUCAUUUUUUUUUCAAUGAUGUCGAGGACUGUGAUCAAGUGCACAUCGAUGAUGUAUCAUCAGAUGAUAAUGGACAAGAUUUAUCUUCUUAUAAUUUUGCCAAUGAUGGUUUCCAAUGUGCGUCUACAAACAAUGGUAUUUGCUUGGCUUCUGGUGUAAGAGGUGGUGUUGAUUGGAUGCGAAAACUAGCCUUUCGUUAUCGAAAAAUUAAAGAAAUCUAUAAUAAUUAUCGAAAUAAUGUUGGCGGAUUGUUGGGUGCUGCGAAACAAGAACAAUGGUUACAACUUCGUUCAGAGAUCGAAGUAUUAACCGAUAAUUGGCUAACGUCCGCUGUAAAAUGUCUGAGUCUUAUAAAUAAAAGAAGUGACUGCAUUAACAUUCUAGUCACUACCACACAAUUAGUACCAGCUUUAUCGAAAGUAUUACUUUUUGGAAUUGGCGGAAUAUUUCCAAUUGAGAAUAUUUAUUCUGCAUCAAAAAUUGGAAAAGAAAGCUGCUUUGGAAGAGUAGUCGCGCGAUUUGGUCGAAGAUGUACGUAUGUUGUAAUAGGUGAUGAUACUGAUGAAGAAACGGCAGCACGUGCCCACAAUUUCCCAUUUUGGAGAAUAAGUAGUCAUUCGGACACACAGUCAUUGUAUAACGCCUUAGAAAUGGGAUUUCUUUAAACAGAAUACAUUUAUAAAAAAAGUAGGGUUAAGAAUGAAAAGUUUCAAAAUAUGUCUAAAAUGAGAAAUAUCUUAGUUCGUUAAAUGGGAACUUAUAUAAAAUAUUUCUAUAUUCUCUACUAUCGAUAAAGUAACAAAAAAAAAAAAGAAAAAAAAAAAAAAAGAAAA